AUGCGAAUUUCAUGCAAGUAAACCUGCAAACGACGCUAAGUAAACAACGAAGUUGCAACGGAGGAGUGCCAUCUCAUUUGGUCGCGUCGUUGAAGGAUCAACGCGAAAUCUGAUCGGUUUUUGAGCAUCAACAGGUGCUGUGGCGGUCAUGGCGGAAGUCAAGGACUGGCGGCCUUUUGUUUAUGGCGGCGUUGCAUCUAUAACUGCUGAAUUUGGCACUUUUCCAAUCGACACAACAAAGACGCGCCUCCAAGUCCAAGGUCAGAAAAUUGAUCAAACGUUCUCGCAGCUGCGGUACCGCGGCAUGACCGAUGCAUUUGUCAAGAUCUCCAAAGAAGAAGGGCUGCGAGCGUUGUAUUCUGGCAUUUGGCCGGCAGUUCUGCGUCAGGCCACCUACGGCACCAUCAAAUUCGGCACCUACUACACCCUCAAGAAGCUGGCCAACGAGCGCGGCCUCCUCACGAACGAAGACGGCAGCGAGCGGGUCUGGAGCAACAUACUGUGCGCGGCAGCGGCAGGCGCCAUCUCAUCGGCCAUUGCCAACCCCACCGAUGUGCUGAAAGUGCGUAUGCAGGUGCAUGGCAGAGCCCAUCACCAGGGUCUGAUUGGCUGCUUCAGCGAAAUAUACAAGUAUGAGGGCGUGCGAGGGCUGUGGCGCGGUGUUGGGCCAACGGCUCAGCGCGCCGUAGUCAUUGCGUCAGUCGAGCUACCGGUCUAUGACUUUUGCAAGCUGCAGCUAAUGAACGCCUUUGGCGAUCAUGUGGCGAAUCAUUUUAUCUCAAGUUUCAUUGCCAGCUUAGGAAGCGCCAUUGCGUCGACUCCCAUCGAUGUCAUCCGGACUCGCCUGAUGAACCAGAGACCCGUCAGCAUGACGAUAAACGGCCUGGCCACUGCGGCAGCCACACCAAAGCUGUACAGCGGGAGCCUCGACUGUGCAGUGCAGACGAUUCGAAACGAGGGACCCCUGGCCCUCUAUAAGGGCUUCAUACCCACGUGGGUUAGGAUGGGGCCCUGGAACAUCAUAUUCUUUAUAACGUACGAACAACUCAAGAAAUACUGAGGCGAGGCGGCAAGUGGAACGUCGAACGGAAUCCAAGUACAAGAUGUAUUCUAGCAUUCAAACCAAAAAGAUCUUUUGCCCCGUAGCAGAGUUAGGUUAAGAAAACUGCCUGGACCUGGCCUACCUUUAAGCUAAGCUCAUAGUUCAAUUUGAGUGGUCACUUAAGUGCCUGUCUGCAUGCUGCUGGCUAUUCAAUAGCCAGCCAUAUCCUCCGGUCGCAUUUCGCCUUCGACAAAAGUGACAACGAGAAGGAAUUUCAGACGCUGGGUGGGCCCAUUCAAGUAUUUGCAUUUUUGACGAAUUUCCUACCAUACCACAUAUUUACUUGGCCUUGCCAGCGUCUGGCCGUGGCGAAAGCAGCAGCGACCUUCGGCGAACACACUAUUUAACUAAACUAAGCCUAAUUUUACCAGUUAUAUAGCUAGCGAAAAUAUGAAUAAUGUGAACUUGUAUUAGACGCGCAUUUGUUCUGUGCAACAGUGUAGACUUUAUCGAUCGUAUUACAUACACACACGUUCGUUGUAAAUAUGUGCAUUUAGUAAUGUGUGUUAUUCUUUCUUGAUCCUUUCAAGGUGUACAUACA